UGACAUACAGAAGAGACUCGCCAUGUUUGAAGACUGGUGGCAGAAGGGCAAACUGUCACAACCGGUGAAGACACGAAUGGCACAGCUAUCGCAAUGUCUAGAGAGAGGUAACUGUGAUAUGGCUCAUGAGUUGCAUCUAGCAUUGAUGAUAGACUAUGCAGGAGAGGUUGGACAGUGGAUGGUGGGGAUAAAAAAACUUAUCCAAGAAACCAGAAAUUUAAAAACAACAGAAGAGAAAGAUGAAUCUGAGGUACAAUCAGCUGCAGUAGUGAGCAAUCCUGCAGUGCCAGUUUUCUCACCAGAGGGCAAUCCUGUGGUUCCUUUCAGUCCACCAGAGGGCAGUGUUGCAUUAAGCGAUGACCAAUCACAAACUCCACUUGACAGCAGUGCUCCUCAAACUGACUCCCAAGAAAAUUCAGAUCAACAGUCUGCUGAUAGUUCUAGCAACACACAAACUUAGAUUCUCCAUUGUAGAUGUUUUUAAAGAAAACUUAGGCGCAAGUGCCUCAUACGACAUACAUAAUGGAAUCUUGAUAUGUUUUAACUUGAAGGAAAAUUGAUCUCAAUGUUGAUGUUGCGCUGUUGGUGUACUUGUAGAUAAACCUUAUAGAUAAGCUAUUAUUAAGAAUGUGCAUCACCUUUUGAGAUCAUCUGUGAUAGCCAAAAAUGAAGAUGUCGUGUGAUGCCAUUAGUGACUAGAAAUUGUGCAAUAGCUGUGAGGUGGGGUUAAAAAAUUCAGCGAUAAAAGUGAAAAAUCUGUGUGCUGGUAAUGUUGACUUUAAGAGUGAUAUGAAAGUGACACAUAAAAUAUAGUGGAUUUGUAAUGUUGUGUAAUAGUGCAUAACUUAACAGUCCUAAAGAGAAGACACCUAGAAAAAUAUCCAUGGAUAAAGUACACUGUAUGUCAGUUUAUAAAUUUAUUAUAUUUUUAUAUGCA